UUUUUCUCUAGCAUGGCUCAAUUCACUCCCCGUGAAAUCCAUUUAGCUACCGAGAGAAGUCUGAAAUAUCAGGGAACAGCAAAGGUUAGGCUGGAUAAAAUAUAUUUCGAUGCUCGAUAUGCGCGGCAACUGGAUAGACAAAACGUGGAACGUCUUCGCAGGAUCUUUGGAGAGGAAGGGUGUCAAAAUCUGGCUCUACAGCAUCGAAUACCAGCUAUUGUUUCCUCUGACCAUCUAAAGUCCGCCCUACAAGAGGCGAAUGUCAAUGCCUCAGCAUUGUUGGCUAAGUCAAACGCGAACAUUCCCUGCUUGAACUUCCAGUCUGGCCAAGUCCAAGGGCUUCACGGGCGCCAUCGUGUUGCAGCAGGCCUGGAAUGUUUGCAGCAGCCUCAUCGUUUUUGGGCCGUUGACCUUUAUUUGUCCGACAUCGGCGAUGACCUCAGAAGUACUCUUGUUGAUGAAUAUUCUAACGAAAAGAAACCGAGUGAAGGAGAAAUCAUGUGGAAGAUGAGACAGUACGAUUUCCAUGGGGAUCUUCAUGGGGAGCUUCGGUGGAAAGCACGUCUUUCUGAGAAUAGCAAAAGGCGACUGGCUCAGCUCAAUAAAGUACCAGAAGUACGAAAGGCCUUUUUCGAUGUUCUGAGUAUACCCGGCCAGCGGGACUUUAUGAGCCUGAGCAAACUCAACGAUGUUUUAGGGAAAAAGUGCCGUCAGGAAGUAAUAAAUUAUUUGGCGUAUAUAAAGAAUUCCUGGUACUCUUGGGUAAAUGGUGAGAUAUCAUCAAUAACCAGGAUCGACCGAAAGACGGUGGAGGAAUUACAACAAAUGGCACCAUGCGUUGAAAGCUCAGACAUCCAGGGACUAAUAUUUAGUGGCCAGGUGUUCAGUCAGUUUGACGAAGGCGAGCGGUCAUAUAUUUGGGAAAGGCUGAAAAUCUUCAAAGGACUCAUUCCAUCCCUUCAUGGAUUUUUUGAGGAUUUCAAGCCCUUUGCCGACUGGGCCGAUUGUUUGUUUCGACUGUUCACACCUUUAGAGGAAAGGAGCUUUACGGUUCGUGCGGAAAUGGCCAAAAUGCUAACAACUUUGAACGGCAAUGAUAUUUCAUGCAUCGUCCAAACAUCUGAACAUGCGUACCGCAGGAUGCGCAACCCUUUGAAUUGUUUUGAGAUCGCCUAUAGACAAUUGUGGCUGUUUGCAAUGCGACACUCCCCUCAGAUGCCACCUGAACCAAAGCGAGAAAAUCGUAAAGCAAAGGCACGCAAUGCCCCUGCGGAUGAGGUUGUUGUUUCAGAGAUGGCCAGUCUUGCCAGUCGUCUUGGUUUUCAAUCCCCUCAGAUCGAGACACUUCUAAAAGAUUCCCCGGACCGGCUGAUCGCCAAACGCGCUCUACUGAAGGCUCGCAAACCCGAAUCAUUUUACUACGAUGACAGUGACCUUAAUUUAUCCAUUGAUCAAAUUAUUGGUUGUUUUGCAAAGGCAAAGCCAACAAAGAGCACAGAAAGACGGUCUGCCUUCAUGGAGCUUGCAAAGGAUAAGAAAACUCGCUGUGGAUAUUCCGAUGAGCGAGCUUUGCAGCAUGAUCGUCCGUAUCUAUUUCUUGACUACAUGCAUGCCACCGAUACUCCAGACACGGUAACCACGCUUUUUGUGAGGCGUUGUAUGUAUCUGGCAUUUUUGGACCACUUCCAGAUUUCGACAUCGAAAACAGAAGUACGCAAAGAGCAGACCGAAAACUACCCAAUAGAACCUUCGGACUGUGCCAGAGAAUCAACCAAACCUUCGUUGCAACGACAAGAACAGAACGAUGGCGAAAGUGAAAUAGGUAGCACGGGUACUUUUAACGAACCAGUCGCGGCUUUGAAUGCCGAGACAUUUGGACGAGGACAAAACAGCCCAGAAUUCAGUCCGCAUCGGCGAGAAAAUACCGAGGAAGGAGGACAGGCCUUUCAAGACGAUGUGAACGCAACGGCCUUGGAGUCUUUCUUCCGCGACGUGCUCGAUGCAGAAGCCAGACAACGAGAGUUAGGGGACUCUACGGGACGAGAUCAAACUCCGAGACCUUCGCAGAUAUUACGGGAUCGGGAGAAAGCUUUGGCAAAUUUAACUGACGCUCCGCCCACUACCGCAUCUGAAAUAGCGUCCUUGGAACUUGACUUACCAGCUUUAAUGGAACAAUUUCGCUCCACUUCAAGCCAGAGUGAUAGCAAUAACUGUGAAGCGGAAACAGCCGUUGGAUUAGGAGAAAUUUUUGCAGAUCAGCAGAAGUUCCAGCCAAACGAUUCCGUGGGCUCUCCUACCAAAGGAAAAGAGACAAGAGCAAUCUCUCUUGCGGACUUCCCACCAGUUGCCAGGCAACCCGAUGUGCAGAAUGGGCUGAUCCCCAUAACUUUCUGGGUCCACAGUCAGAGCGACUGGUGUGUAGAUCGAACGGUUCUCGUGAAGGAGUCCAAUUGGCAGUCAUUACAGAAUGCGAUCCGGGAUUAUAAGGAACGAGGUAUGAUUGUGUAUGACAGAAAUUGGAGAACUGUUGGUACAGAAUCAAGCUUUAAUGCAGCAAUUUCGGAUGGAGCAAAUGCAUUAUUUCUGGUUCCCAAGACGGUCGGGGAGAGGAGUCAACCUGGAAACCCAAGAAGAAAAAGAAAUUUAGAUGAAGUUUAA